UACGCAAGAUCUGUCCAAUAUUGUUCGCGUUCAUCAUCCGUGUUUAGCGCAGUUUAGCAAAACGAAACGAAAAAGAGAACGAUUCGGUUCAAUUCAUCUCAAUUCGCUCAAGAAAUAUAAUUGGUAUGUUAUUUUCCAGGACGUUUGUGAAGAUGCCAAAGUCAAAAGAAUAUCUCUCUGACAGUGAUGAUAGCAGUGAAGAGGAAGUAAAAUCAAAGAAGAAGCAAAAGAGGGUAAGAGAAGAUGAUAAUAAAGCGGCAAAAGAAGAGAAGAAACCAGCAAAGAAGGCAAAAACAGAUGAUGACACUGUUUGGGACUUGGGCAACAAUCGUCAAGUAAAUGUGAGAAACUUCAAAGGCAAAUAUUAUGUUGAUAUCCGGGAGAUGUAUUAUGAUAAGGACGGUGAUUUAAAACCUGGGAAAAAAGGAAUAUUUUUAUCUAUGCAACAAUGGCGAAAAUUCAUGGAUGUUGUGGAAGAAGUGGAUAAUGUGGCCAAAUCAAAGAGUUAGAAUUUUAAUUCUAAUGAAUUUCAAUUAAAAA